CUUGACUGUAGUUUUGCCGCACGGGAAUCCUUUGCCGAGCAGGAUUAUAUCUCUGACACGUUAUUCCAGUGACAGUUUAGCAUUAUUUAUUAAG